AUGAGGCUGAGACGGACAGGAGCCGGGGAAUGAGGGGCUAGACAGACUGGCGCGGGCAAUUUCGGGCAUAAAUCGUGCCUUGUCCCAAGACCGUCGGUGCUGGUGGACGUAUCACCGUACGGAACGUGCAGGAAGGCAGCCAUUAGCUGCCCCCCCUCGCCAUCACAUCGCAUAUCUCAGUUCCAAGAGAACUUAAAGAAGUACCAGUUGCGGGGCUCGCAUGAUUGCAGAGCCUCUCCCCGUGUAUAACCAUCACCAGGCGCUGCGGUUUUAGAGCAGGAUCAGCCUGGGUAGUAACUCUUCUUCUCUGACCCAGAGACGGUUCCCCGUAUCGCGAUAGACGACCUGACCACGCUAUCGUUGUUUAUCUUGAGUAUCCCCAUAAUACAGGGUAGUGAACCAUGUACUCCAUCUCCCGCACGUUCACCUCUUCAUCCCAAGCGACCAGCGACAUCUCAAGCCCGAGACGACAGUACGUGGCUGCGCGAUAUGUCAACCGGAGCCGUCUCCAGGCGCUCUUGGAGCGACUGUUCCCCUACCACCCCGGCCUGAAUUUCCAUAUCAGAGUAAGGAAGUCCUUCCCGUUACACAGCGACCAUAAAGACAAUGUUUCUUCUCCUAUGGCACGGCCUGAAACGUUCACAGAUUGACGACGAUACUUGGUCUUUCGAUGCUCCACGGGAAGUAACACAGGUAACUGCGCCGCCCCUUCUUCUUUUCGACCAAUCGUUUUAUAGUGAACCCCUCGUUAACCUUUUGUGAUCGAACCGAAUGCCAGGAUGAACUAGAGUAGGCGUUCU